AUGGAAAGGAAGAUGAAGGUUCGUUCUGAUAGGGAAAAGACGAAAGUGGUGAUUAGGCAUUUGCCCCCUUCUCUCACUCAGUCUGAUCUCUUCCAACACAUCGAUUCACACUUCGCUUCGCGUUACAAUUGGUUCUCUUUCAGACCCGGCAACACCAGUCACAAGCGACAGAAACAUUCCAGAGCGUAUAUAGACUUCAACUGUCCUCAUGAUGUUUUCGAGUUCGCUGAGUUCUUUGAUGGACAUGUUUUUGUUAAUGAGAGAGGUGCCCAGCAUAGAGCGAUUGUUGAGUACGCCCCUUCCCAGCGUGCUCCGAAGCCAAGUACCAAGAAGGAUGGACGUGAAGGGACCAUAUACAAAGAUCCUGACUAUCUGGAGUUCCUCAAACUCAUUGCAAAGCCACAUGAGCAUCUUCCCAGUGCAGAGAUACAAUUGGAAAGAAAAGAAGCUGAACAAGGUGAUUCUGAAGACAAAUUUCAGUACCAUUGUUCUCAUGCUAUAUCCUCCUUUCCAGGGGCUAACAAGGAAACACCUAUUGUCACACCCUUGAUGGAAUAUGUUCGUCAGAAACGCUCUGUUGAUACUGGUAUGCAGGUUCUCCAGGCUUCGUCAGCAGUGGCAAAAGUUAGCAGAAGAUCCAGAGCUGCUUUGCCUGGCAAGCCUGGCUCAGGCACUAAACGAGGAUCUGAAAAGAAAAAGUAUGUUCAGAAGGACAAUGCCAAGAGUGCUGCUCGUAGAGAGUCAAAGGACAAGUCAGCCUUUAUUGUCGUCCCCCAGCGAGAGGAUCUAUCAGCUGAAUCGAGUAUGAAAGGAAUUUCUGAAUUUGAAGCAUUGCAUGGCAUUGAAGGUUCUAUUUCUGGAAUUCCGCUGUCUUCUGACUCGGGAAAGAAAAAAAUCCUUCUUCUGAAAGGGAAGCAUCGGGAAAUUCCCAGUGCCACUGAGGGUACAGGAAAACAGCAAAACAUACAGUCUGGAAAUUCUCCUAUUUCAACUUCUGUGAAACAGAACCAUAGACGUGAAACUAGUGGAAGAUUGAUUAGGAGCAUACUUUUGAAUAAUGAAGCUCGUCAAAGUCAGUCUAUGCAACACAAAAUUCAAAUUUUAAGCUCAGAGAAUGGGAAGCGACCAUCUCGUUCAUUUGGCUCAAGGUCUGGGUUAAAUGAUCAACUUUCAAAUCAUGACGCUGCACAAGUUAAUUCUGAAGGGGAUUCUAAAAGGGCUUUGGAUGAAAAGUUCGUGAGAAGGGAUCCGCAUGGUUUGGGUAGUGGUGAGAAAACAGAAAAACGAACUAGAAACAAGGACAGACCUGAUCGUGGUGUUUGGACACCCCUUCGACGUUCUGAUGUUUCACAUGCUGGUAAUGACCACUCAUCAUCCUCAAUGGCACAACCUACACUGUCAAAUCUUGAAUCAACUGAAGGAGAAUUGAAAGAAAAUGUUACUUCUGGAAACAGGGGCAGUGAAUUCUCUGCUUCUGCAGGUGGACGAGGCAAUCCUUCUAUUGAGAAUGGUUCUCAAAGAAAUUUUGCACGUCGUGGAGCUUCCUAUGUAGUGAAGGAUGACGGUGCAGUCAGUAUAAGUGAAGGGAAACCUUCCAAGAAAAAUGUUGGGCAUAGUGCUUAUGAGGUAUACAUGUCAUAUGCUGAUGUAUUUUUUAUUGUCUGUUUGGCUGAUUCAUCGUGUGUAAAAUUUCCUUACCAUCAUAUUAUGUAUACUCAGUCAGGGUAUCAUUCCUGCAAUGUUGAGCUACGGUCUCUGCUUAGGACAUCAUCCACAACUAAUUCAGGUCAACCUGAUUCUAAGCGACUUGAAAGGUGUUUGCCUGACGGAGCCUGCACAAUAAAGGGAAUGCGAAGUUACAGACCUCUGUUGGGAAAUGUUUGUGUUUGGGAUGUAACUGUAAAGUUCUUGGUACAUAACAUGGGACGGUAUGCUGGAAAGAGUGAAAAAUCUUGUCCCGUUCAAGGGACAAGUAAAUCCCUCAUUCCGAUGCAGCCUCGGCGGAGAAAGGAUGAUGGAACCUCCGCGGAGAGGGACUCUAAGCAUUUUCUGAAGAUCAUACUUCCCUCUGCCAUUCAUGCUAACCAAAUGUCUAAAAGUGUCAAAGCCACUCUAAUUGGCAUUGCACGUGACCUGGGGAGCAAGUUGUUCUUUGGUGCUUCUUUUCUUUACUUAAUUGCAAGAAUUCCCGAGGAAUUUAUAAAAAGAUUUGGAGAUGAACUAUCAACUGUUGCUACGAUUACUGUCCCCGAUGGUCGUGUUUGGAGAAUGAGGUUGAAGAAGUGUGGUAAAGAUGUUUUCUUCCGCAGCAAAUGGCGAGAGUUUGUAAAAUACUAUUCUCUUGGUUAUGGUUCACACCUAAUUUUCAGAUAUGUGGGGAAUUCAAAAUUUCGUGUUCUUAUAUUUGAUAUUACUUCUGCUGAGAUUUGUUAUCCUCGCAAAACUCGGGGUAAUAAUGAAGAAACAAACUCGGAGAAUUGGAAGAGGUCCAAGUUUGAUGAUCAGCACCACAGCUAUCAAACGAAAAAGAAAGAACUUAAGGAGGAGAAUGUGGUAGAAUCUAGUGAUGAAGAUGAAGUGAAUUUAAUACGACUGAGUAAAGGAAGGAAGAAAGAAAGUGAUUUUUCUCAUGGGAAACAAGUCAAAAGAGGAUGCAGUGAAAACCACUCUCCUUGGGAGAUAGCAAAGUUUGCUGCCACUGCUACUACUAGUGCUACUGCCAGUGAUAGAUUAAAGCCAAAAAAUCCUUUUGUUACUUGUGUAAUCAAGUCUGAUCGAUUGCUGGCCUUCCUUGUGCAGUACGUGUCAAGUGAAUUUGCUGGCAAGUAUCUGAAGCCAUGUGUUGGUAUGAUGCUCCAAAAUAGUAAUGGAGAGGCGUGGGAUGUUUCUUGCGUACAUCAUAAUGGUAGCAGAGCAAUGAUAAUAUGUAGGGGAUGGACUAAAUUUAUGAGGGACAACGAUCUAUCAGUAGGAGAUCUUUGUGUGUUGGAGUUGAUCAAGAGGGACCCCGUUGUGCUAAAACUUACUUUGCGUGGUGAAGCUCAAUAA